GAGCUUUUGAACAGGCCGCAGACCCUGUCGUACCGCAGCAGUCCCAGUACGCUAGAGCCUUUGAACAGCCCGGAGACCCUGUCGUUCCUCAGCAGUCCCAGCAGCAAGAGCCUUUGAACAGCCCGUAGACCCUGUCGUCCAGUCCCUGAUCAUAGCCCCAAGAUGUCGCGAGGUCUCGUGCUUCUCAUCGUCGCCGCGGCAGCAGCGUCGGCGCAGCAAUCCUAUUCGCCUUGCUUAUUGGCGUUGUUUGAUGCCAGCGACGCUUUGGAAAUAGCGUUGGAUGCUUGCUCUACACAGUACGAGGCGGAUAUUGACAAAUUUGAAAAUAACCCGAAGUGCAGAACUCUAUAUUACGACGCGGCUACAUGUGAUCCACUUGUUGCCAACUUUAACAAGUGCGGGACCAAAGCAGUCAAACUUCUGAAGGCAGACAACACGUUCGACGAGGCGGCCUUCAAAGAAACCACAUUGAAGAACAAAUGUAGCGCUGACGCCAAGUUCAUUGCUGCGUACCCGAAAUGCAAGAUAUCCACCAUGAAAUAUUUCAACUACCAUCAACUAUUGGAAUGUCUCAUCGAUGCUGAAUACUAGGAUGGGUGAUGUCAUGGAAGAAUAUGGAUGGUGAUAUUACGGAAGUACAUGGAUGGUGAUAACACGGAAGAACAUGGACGGGUGAUGCCACGGAAGAACAUGGACGGGUGAUGCCACGGAAGAACAUGGACGGGUGAUGUCACAGUAGAACAUUGUAACGAGCAAAAAGAAGACAAACUGAGCAUCAGAGGACUUUUCUUCUUGCAUAACCCAUUCAUUUCCGCUUAGAUGGAUUGCUGACCAGAAAAUUGUAGUUGUUGCAAUUUUCAAUUUGGAAUUUCUUCGAAUUUCUUCGAUUAUGUUUGUGGCUGCGUGUUCUAAUCUUUGGGUAACGGUUUUUUUAUAAUCGAGUUUCACUCUCUCUUCCCCAUAAAAAAUAGAUUCAGGAACAUGAUGGUAUCACGCAUUUACUAUAUUACUACCUAGCUUUAGUGUAUAUUUAUCCGUUUGCAUACAUUAUUCACGAGUUAUACUGCCACGUGCAGCUUCUGGGAUAUAAUCUACAUAUACAAUGUAACCAUACAUUAAAUGAUUUGAAUGCA